AUGGUGGUUGUCAAGGAGUCGCGAGAUGAGUCUUUGCUGGGUAAAUUCUCCUUAAGCAGGUUUUUAAGCUACCUGAUAGGAUCCAUAGUGGUAGUAUACAUCCUUUACAAAGUUUUUACGGGCCAUGGUACUGAUAUCAACAUUGGUAAGUUCUUGGUGAGGUCUUCUCCUUAUAUGUGGGCCAACUUAGGUAUCGCCUUUUGCAUUGGUUUGAGUGUUGUUGGUGCCGCAUGGGGUAUCUUUAUCACUGGUUCUUCUAUCAUCGGUGCAGGUGUUAGGGCACCUAGAAUUACCACUAAGAAUUUGAUUUCUAUCAUUUUUUGUGAAGUUGUGGCCAUUUACGGUUUGAUUAUCGCUAUUGUUUUUUCCUCAAAGCUGACAGUGGCAUCCUCUGAGACUUUACUUUCCAAAUCAAACCUAUACACUGGUUAUUCGCUCUUUUGGGCUGGUAUCACCGUUGGUGUGUCCAAUUUGAUUUGUGGUGUGGCAGUUGGUGUAACAGGUGCCACCGCAGCAGUCUCAGAUGCAGCUGAUUCCUCCCUCUUUGUGAAGAUUCUUGUCAUUGAAAUUUUUGGCUCUAUCCUGGGGCUAUUAGGUCUUAUUGUCGGUCUACUGAUGGCUGCCAAGGCUGCUGAAUUUCAAUGA